AUGACAAGCAUUUCUCAGCCAGUCCUCCCACCGCAAGCCCCAAGCAACGCAUCACAGGUAGCGCCAGCGCAUUCGCCAUCGGCUUCGGCAAGCGGUAGAGCACCGCCUCAAGCCGCGGGUACGGCUUCUGCCACUGUCAAAACCAGCUACGCCAGCGCGACCAAGAAGACCUUUUCGCCGUCGUCUGCGUCAGGCACGUCAGCUCCAACAGCAUCGGCAGUCCAGAUACCUGCGCAACAUGGAAAACCUGACACUAGCUCACCAGUGAACGGCAGGGUAGCUAUUCCGCCUGCCGUUCCAACCGUGGGUGCACCAACAAUAGUCAAUGGAAACACACCCACAAGCUCCAACUCAGGGGUAGGCGAUCAUAGCCGCAAGCCUUCAGUCACAAUUAGUGCUGCGGGCGCAUCUGGAUACAUGCCAAAUGGAGGUCCGGUAGCAGGAAAGCCAAUAGGUGGGAGCAACAUACAGUUUGGGUCUCAUCCUGCAGAUGCCUCAGCAGCCGCGCAAAACGCAACGCCACAUCCCAACCAGUCUACGAAUUCUUUGGCCGUCAACACUCCAUCGAAUCCGCGCGUGACAUCACCCCAGACAUCACCGUCACCAAUCCCACAGCCACCUGCUAGUGGCGGUGGCCGACCUCCCUCUAGUCUGCAUGGCAACAGCACUAGCCUCAGCUUUGGCAACUUUGGUGGUACUGAAGCAAGUCAAAUGAGGCUGCCUGGUGCACCUCAAGGUCCUCUCGCACCUGGGGCACAACCUAGUCACCUUCGUCGCGAAUCGUCGCAAUCUCAACACAGUGACAUGAGCAAUCAUGCAAUGUCUCCUGCCGGCAGAGGCGGGUAUCCUCCCCAAGGCGGCCGAGGAAGAGGUAACUUCCAAGGUCAAUAUCCUCAGCAAAACAUGGGAUACAUGCCUGGGUCUAACGCUAGACCACCCCCGAGCCAACCUCGAGGUAAUCAAAACAUGACUCCAUACCAGGGUCAAAAUCGAUCACUCGCACCUUUUCCGAAUUCGCCACUUCAAAGCGCUCGAAGUCCAGCUUUGGCAAAUUCGCAGCCGGCUCACCCACAGCCUGGCCAAGUUCCGAUGUCGAGCCCUCAGAUGGGUGGGCAACAAGCAUAUGGCUACCCCAGUCAGUAUGGUGGAUACCCCCCUAAUAUGGGACCCCCACAAGGUCAAUAUAGUUAUGAUCCAAAUUAUAUGGCUUACUACAACGUGUACGGAAUGCCUGGCAUGCCUCAACAGCAAAUGCCGCCAAGCUCUCCUCGACCUCCACAUCAGAUGACUCCAGGUCCUCAACAGCCGCAAUACCACCCGGGCCAAUAUAACAACCAGCAACAACCAUCGCCCAUGUCACGCACGUCCUCCGCAAUUUCGCACAGUGAUCGGCCCAGCUCAAGCAUGGGCAGACCACAAGGAAGCUCAACUCCCGCAGUGAGCAGCGCAGCUGCAGCUACCCGUCAUGCCAACAGCCCAGCGCCCAAGACCACAAACAACUUCCAGAUCCCUCCAAAGAAGAAGAGCGCAGGCAUUAUCAUCAAGAACCCCAACAGUGGUGAUGUCGUCACCUUCGAAAAAUCAUCUGCUUCCCCUGCGCCGCCCAGCAAGUCUCCUGCGGUUGCUCCGACGCCGACUCCUCCCCCUCGUGUACCAAGUUACUCUGAUACUCAGCAACCUCGAAACGAAAACAAGAGUGUCAAAACCGACGAUGAGAAACGAAAAGAGAUGAGAGAGACUAUUGCUAAGAAAAUGGAAGCGGACAGAGCGGAAGAGCAGCGCCAGAAGAAUGAAGAAGAGUCCAAGGCAGCUCAAGAGAAGAAGGACAGCGAAGACAAGAUUCUCAAAGAAAAGGAGGAGGCUGAUGCCAAGCAACGAGAGGCAGCCACGGCUCAAAUGGAGGCCGAAGAGGCUCUGAAGAAAGACAAAGCUGAGGCCGAGGAGGCUGAGAGUGCUGCUGCUAAGGCUAAAGCAGAGGCCGACGAAGCCGCUGAGAAGGCUCGCAAGAAACAAGAGCAAGAAGACGAAUAUGCUCGCAUGGAGGCUGAAUUCGCCGAGAUGGAGCGUAAGGAAAAAGAAGCCGAGGAGCGAUAUGCAGCGAAGAAAAAGGCCGAAAAGGAGGAAGCUGCACGAAAAGAAGCUGAGGCUUUCAAGUUGGCGGACGAAGAAAUGAAGAGAGCAGAGCGAGAGGCUGAAGAGGCCGAAGAAGCUCGGUUGAAAGAGAUUGAAAAGUCUGAAGGUGACGACUCACAGAAAGAGCGAGAGGAUAUGUUCGCACAACUCAAGAAUUAUGGUUCCGCAACUCCCACCAGUGAUGCUCCAGCUACUGCAGAAGAAACACCUGUUGACAGUGGUGUUGCCACGCCGGCAUCAGAUGCUCCGGCUCCUGCCGCUCCAUCAAAACCAGCAGCCACUGGUGGAAAGCAGAAGCCAACUGCGCUGAAGAUUGAUACGGCGAAGCCUGUCGAGCCAGCCCAGCCUAGCGCCCAGCUCCUAUCUCUGCGAUCCGCUCGGCGACUCAUGUCUAUCAACGAUGUCUCCUAUCCUGCUCCCAUCAGUUCACCAAAUCCGGCGCUAAACACAGGAGCGCCAACGGGCAAGUUGCGAUACAACAAGGAAUUCUUGUUGCAAUUCCAACGGGCCUUCGUCGAAAAGCCAUCUGAGAAUUGGACGGAGAGGGUCAAUGAGACGGUUGGUGAUACAUCAGAGCCUUCAUCUGCUCGUACUCCUGCACGAGGUGGAGGCGGCCCUGGUUCCAUAACGACAGGACGACAGCCCUCCAACAGAGCUCCAUUGCUACAAAUGGGUGCCUUUGCUCAAGGUGGAAGGACUCUUCCCCCCAAUACCACAUCGUCGCAGCGCUUCGAAGCAGCUACUGCCAAUCGCAAUGCACAACCAGCACGGCCAACCAUGCAAAACCCAUUGGCGAGUUUUGUCUCACGGGGUCCUGGUGGGGGGUUCCCUGCGCCGGCUACCAGCACCAAGAUGGACCGUACACCAUCUUCCACGUCACUAAACCACCCAAAUUCGCCACGCAACGCUAGCCAACGUGGCGGCUCUCAACGUGGCAGUAGGGCAGCCACGCGACGAGAAGACCCUAAGGAUAAUAAAGCUAUGCCACUGACUGCUGGUGCUAAUCUUAAGCCUAUCGAGGUUACUGCUUCUGGCUGGAAGCCUCGUUCUGUCGGUGGCAACGCUACCGGCAUGGCUGGGCCAGCACCAGGAGGUAAUGGCCACCUUGCUCCGGACGUUGUACAGCGGAAGGUCAAGUCGAAUCUCAAUAAGAUGACUCCAAACAAUUUCGAUAAGAUUACAGUCCAAAUCUUGGACAUCAGCUCUCAAUCCAAAGACGAGUCUGAUGGCAGAACCUUACGGCAGGUCAUCCAGCUCACGUUCGAGAAGGCAACUGAUGAAGCACAUUGGGCGGAGAUGUACGCACAGUUCUGCAAGCGUAUGCUUCAGUCUAUGAGUCCCGAGAUCAAGGAUGAGAACAUUCUUGACAAGAAAGGCGUCGUCCAUGGUGGUGCGCUCUUCCGAAAGUACCUGCUCAACCGAUGCCAAGAGGAGUUCGAGCGUGGUUGGAAAUUGGAUCUUGGUGACAAGCCAGAAGGCGAGACGGAAGAAGCAAAGAUGCUGUCUGACGAGUACUACAAAGAGGCUGCCGCCAAGCGACGUGGUCUGGGACUUGUACGUUUCAUUGGUGAACUCUACAAACUUGGCAUGCUCACAGAACGCAUCAUGCACGAGUGUGUGAAAAAGCUUGUCGACUACGAGGGAAUGCCAGACGAGGCUGAGGUGGAGUCGCUCACCAACUUGUUGAGGACUAUUGGCCAGCCCCUGGACAGCACCACUAAUGGACCUAAGAUGAUGGAUGCCUACUUCUCGAAGAUCAAUGAGAUGAUCGUAAUCGAGGGACUACCAAGUCGAUUAAGGUUCAUGCUUAUGGACAUUGUUGAUCUCCGCAAGAAGAACUGGCAAUCCAAGGGUGGUGUUCUCAAGGGCCCUACAACACUCGAGGAAGUGCGAGUUCAAGCUGUUCAAGCAGAACGCGAGAAGGAUAUGCAACGCCAGCAAGACAACUCGCGAAGGGGAGGAGGUGGCGGUGGUCGCCCACCCAUAGGCCGCGGCGACGCCCGAAAUUUCUCAGGUGGAGCUCAGUAUGGCAUGAUGCCACCACCAGACUACCACAAGAACACGGUUGGCAUGGACGAUCUUCGAAGACUGGGCAGCAAAGGCGGUUCUCGACAAGUCAGCUCUCAAGGCCAACCUACGUUUGGCCCUACUUCCAUGUUCGGUGGGCCAAGAGGAUCGAACACUCGAAGACCAGGAAUGGCUGGUGCUCAGAAAGACGACUCUGGUGCGUCAAGUCGGACAGGUACUCCGCCAGCUCAGAAGGAGAAGAGGGAAAAGGAAGAGAAGGAAGCCGCGAAAUCCGCAAAUACAUUCAGUGCUCUUGCAGGAUUGGAGUCUUCAGAAGCCGCCGACCCAACCUCUCCCCCGUCCACCUCGCCACCGACCGCCAAUGCUCAACCAGUUGAGCGCCAACGAACGAAGUCCCCCAAGGACCAAGAAUCAGCGGAAGGCGGCAAGGAUGCCGAAACAUCAUGA